UUGUGUGUUUGAAGAGAAACCAACUUGAUCAAACAUGGAUGUUGUACUGAAAUAUGCUGAUGACUAUGUCUUUGACUCUUUUUAUAAUAAGAUGUUAUCCAUCAGUGUUCUGAACAAUGCUACAACUUCUGGUAUGGCCUCUGACUUGAUGGUAUCUUCAUGGACUCAAGAUAAUGUCUAUCGUCAAUUCCUCACUGUAUUCAUUAUUGUAUGUUCUGGUGGUUGGUUCUUCUAUUUGGCUGCAGCUUGUCUAUCAUAUUAUUUUAUAUUUGAUCAUGAGAUGAUGAAGCAUCCAAAGUUUUUAAAGAAUCAAGUCCGUCAAGAAAUCAUUUGUGCUGUCAGUGCUAUUCCUGGAUUUUCAAUUCUUACUGUACCAUGGUUUGUUGGUGAAGUAAGAGGUUAUUCUUUACUUUAUGAAGGUACUCCACAAACAACUCAAGAAUGGCUUUAUUUGAUUGCAACCAUCCCUGCGUUCUUAUUCAUCACUGAUAUGGGUAUCUAUUGGAUUCAUCGUUUCUUACAUCAUCCUCUUCUUUACAAACCUCUUCACAAGCUUCACCAUAAAUGGAUUGUUCCUAGUCCUUUUGCUUCUCAUGCUUUCCAUCCUCUUGAUGGUUAUCUUCAAUCUACACCCUAUCAUCUAUAUGCUUAUUUGGUUCCAAUGCACAAAUGGUUAUAUAUGGGCAUGUUUAUUUUUGUCAAUGUUUGGACAGUGUUGAUCCAUGAUGGUAACUUCUUCUCGCAUUCGGAUAUCAUCAAUACUACAGCUCAUCACACUGUACAUCAUUUAUACUUCAAUUAUAACUAUGGUCAAUAUUUCACCUUUUGGGAUAAACUUGGUGGUUCUCAUCGUCAACCUACUGCUGAACAAUAUGAUGCAGCUUUACGUAAUAACAAGAGCGUAUGGGCUGCUCAAUCCAAGGAUGCUGAUACCAUUGAAAGGGAAGAUGAAGUCAAAGCUCAGAAGUACAAGCAAUAUUAGAUACUUAGGUAAUAUAGUUAGUAAUUUAGAUCUAUUCAUAUUUUGUAUUUUCCCCUCCAUCCUAUUUUAUUUUGUUACAAUGAUAGUUAUUGGUUUACUUUCUACUUUUUUUUUUUUUUACAACAUACAUUAUACUAAUUACUAGUGACUCUCCACUCUUUAAUUCCAUUGUUUUAUUUAUUUAUUUAAUAUUUUAUACAUAUUCACUUGGAAUAAAAUAUUUUUCUUUUUUGUUCCUAUCA